UGUACGAUGUCGCUGCGGGGAUUGUGGGUUUACAUGGCGGCGCCCGGUGAGCCAUGUUGAAUUAUGUCCUACUGACUUUAUUCUGAAUAAUGUGAAAUUGUAGAAUGACAUACUUGAUCUAAACAUGUGGAAUCAAGUUCGUAAACUCCAAAAGAACAGGACAGUGAAAUAUGGCAUCCCGAUGCUGCUGCUGGUUGUGGGAGGGUCGUUUGGAUUGAGAGAAUUCACUCAGAUUAGAUAUGAUGCACAGAAGAUAAAAAAGAAGCUGGACCCUGCACUGGAAGCACGGGUGAACAAUAAAAAACAGUCGGCCAUCCUUCAGGAAGAGUAUGAGAAAGUGAAGGAUUUGGACUUGGAUGGAUGGAAGAACAUUCGUGGCCCACGUCCCUGGGAGGAUUCAAAGGAGCAGCAGCAAGCUCAACUCAAUAAAGGCACAUAGAACUCUAAAACCUUAAACUCCCACUGCUGGUCCAAAGAUGUAAGACACUCAUAAAAACAGUGCAGUGUAUGGUUGUCACCAUAUAAUAAAUUAGCACCUCAUA